AUGGCCAAAGAAAUCCAGCUAAGGCCCAAGGUGAACGUCUCUUCUUACAUCCACUUUAUACUGAAUUGCAGGAACAAGUUCAGGGAGCAGCAACCAAAUACCUACCUUGGCUUUCAAGAGUUCUCUAGAAAGUGUUCGGAAAAAUGGAGGUCCAUCUCAAAGCAUGAAAAGGCCAAAUAUGAAGCCCUGGCCAAGCUCGACAAAGCCCGGUACCAGGAAGAGAUGAUGAAUUACGUUGGCAAGAGGAAGAAGCGGAGAAAGCGGGACCCCCAGGCACCUAAGCGGCCUCCAUCGUCCUUCCUACUCUUCUGCCAAGACCACUACGCCCAGCUGAAGAGGGAGAACCCAAACUGGUCGGUGGUGCAGGUGGCAAAGGCCUCUGGGAAGAUGUGGUCUGCAAAACCGGACAUCGAGAAGCAGCCGUAUGAACAAAGAGCAGCUCUCCUGAGAGCUAAGUACCACGAGGAGCUGAAAGUCUACCGCACGCAGCGCCAUGCCAGGAAGAAGACUCUCCGAGAGCUGGCUAAGAACCAGCGCAGAGGGUGCAAGCGAGCUAAGUCAGACAAAGCUGGUGGAUCCAAUUAG